AUCACCGCAAUUACCAAGGUGACUCAAUGGACUAGCGCACCACCCCGUCCAGGCCCGCCUCAUGCCACCACCGCCGCCGUCCACGGCCGCGGCGGCGGCGGCGCAGCAGCUGGAGUCCCUCCUCCCGCGCCUGGCCACGCUCUCCCACCACGAGCAGUUCCACGCGCGCCUCCUCACCUCGGGCCUCCUCGGCUCCCACCCGCCCCUCCGCGCGCGCUUCCUCGACCGCCUCGCGCUCUCGCCGCACGCCGCCGCGCUGCCCCACGCGCUCUGCCUCCUACGCUCGCUGCCCAGCCCCGCCACCAACGACCUCAACGCCGCGCUCCGGGGCCUCGCGGCCUCCCCGCAGCCCGCGCGCUGCCUCCUCCUCCUCGCCGGCCGCCUCCACCCCGCGACCGCGCCCGCGCCCGCGGGCGCGCCGCCGCGACCCCGCCUCGACGCGCUCUCCCUCUCCUUUGCGCUCAAGGCCACCGCCCGGUGCUCCGACGCGUUCGCCACGCUCCAGCUCCACGCGAUCCUCGUCCGCCUCGGCGUGGCCGCCGACGUCCGCCUGAUGACCACGCUGCUCGACUCGUACGCCAAGUGCGGCGACCUCCCGUCCGCGCGUAAGGUGUUCGAUGAGAUGCCCGUCCGGGACGUGGCCACAUGGAACGCGCUGCUUGCGGGGUUGGCGCAGGGGACGGAGCCAGACCUCGCGCUGGCGCUGUUCCACAGGCUGGCAGGGAGCUACCGGGAAUUGCUGCCAAGGGAGGAGCCCAAUGAGGUGACCGUUGUCGCCGCGCUUUCUGCAUGUGCACAGCUUGGAGCAUUACAGGAUGGAUUGGGUGUGCACGAUUUUGCUCGUAAAAUAGGCACUGCAAACAACGUUCGUGUCUGCAACUCGCUUAUUGACAUGUACUCCAAGUGUGGCUCAUUGAGCCGGGCUCUCGAAGUGUUCCAUUCCAUGAAGCUAGAAGACCGAACACUUGUGUCCUACAAUGCUACAAUUCAGGCGCUUUCCACCCAUGGGCACGGAGCAGAUGCAUUGAAGUUGUUUGAUGAAAUGCCAUCGUGGAUUGAGCCAGACGAAGUAACUUACCUUGCUGUUUUGGGUGGGUGCAACCAUGCUGGGCUUGUCAAUGAUGGGCGUAGGGUUUUCGAUUCCAUGCGUGUUCCUCCCAAUAUGAAACACUAUGGCACUGUUGUGGACCUUCUUGGCCGUGCAGGCCACCUUGAUGAGGCACAUGACAUGAUUAUGCGUAUGCCAUUUCCAGCAGAUAUUGUCCUCUGGCAAACAAUGCUCGGUGCGGCCAAGAUGCAUGGAAAUGUGGAGCUAGCGGAAUUGGCUGCCACAAAGCUUGCUGAGCUUGGUUCUAACGUUGAUGGUGACUACGUGCUCCUCUCCAAUGUGUACGCAUCCAAGGCUUGGUGGGCGGAUGUUGGUCGAGUUCGUGACGCCAUGAGAAGCAAUGAUGUGAGGAAAGUCCCUGGCUUCAGCUACACAGAAAUAGAUGGUGUAAUGCAUAAAUUUAUUAAUGGUGACAAAGAGCACCAUAGGUGGAGGGAGAUAUACAGAGCUCUAGAUGACAUUGUGUCAAGAAUUAGUGAACUGGGAUAUGAGCCAGAAACAAGCAAUGUGCUACAUGACAUUGGGGAGGAGGAGAAGCAGCAUGCUUUGUGCUAUCACAGUGAAAAGCUGGCUAUUGCAUUCGGAUUAAUUUCUACACCACCUGGGGAGACUAUUCGAGUGAUAAAAAAUCUCCGAAUAUGUGGAGACUGUCAUGUGGUGGCAAAACUUAUCUCUAAAGCCUAUGGCCGGGCGAUAAUCAUCCGGGACAGGGCCAGAUUCCACCAGUUUGAAGAUGGACAGUGUUCCUGUAGAGAUUACUGGUAAAAUGCUGGUACACUGGUCAUGAGAAGGACUACUACACAUGGCAUGAGCUCCUGGAUACAGGAUCAUGUGAGAUGACUCCUUUUCUAGUGCGAAAUGUGGAUAAAAUUGGAUAAUGUGGGAACUUAACUACCAUUUGUCAGCUCAGGUUCACCACAUCAACAGGUUCUCAGAAGAUGCAAGCUAUCUUACUUACAUUUGCAUGACGAGCUCUUGAGUAUGCCUAUUUGAGGAGCUAUCUUGGAAGCAGAAGGAAACUUUGUGCAUUGUGCAAGCUUGGAAUUUAAGUUGUUCAACGACUGCUACCUACCAAUAUUCAGUUAUUCACUACCCUACAAGCUUCAACUGUCUGAAAUUUGGGGCUGAAAAAAAUAUGCAUCUUUGAUAGUUGGUAGUCUUCAAGGAAGACCUAGUCUUUUAAGCCUAUGGUACUAACUGGAAUCGAAUCCACUUGAUACUGCUAGGUAAUGCAUCUGUCACAAAAUUCUUCAUAAGCUUCAUUCUUGUUUACUUAAAUUAGCGGAGGAGGGGAAGGGUGGGGACAACACCCCCAGCCUGACAAAUUUUCUUACCAAACGUAUUGGCAAUCCAGAUAAUGUUUGGAAGAUUGAAGUUUCUUAGGCAUGAAAUUGCUUGGUGCUAUAAGAGGUUCACAAUGGGGAACAGUAUGUAGAAUUUAGAUGCCAAAGUAGUGAAAGAAGGGAUCAAUUCUAAGAAACAGUAAAAUAAAUGAGCAUGCCUUUGCAAACAGUGAAUAUUCAUAUCGUGGUAUUUACAGUGGUGCAGCUCUGUACCAAGAGGACAUGUAUCUUAAUUCUUAUGCCCGAAGGUUACAUCAUAUGAUAAAACAGUUGUGUUUGAAAGGUA